AUGCCACCCAUCGUUGGAUCACAUGAACAUCACCAGCACGAGCAGAGCGAUGAGGGUCUCAAGAAUGGUAUGCAUCAUCAUGGAAGAAGAAGAGCACCUGGUCAGCCACUCAGACGAGGAGACGCCUGUUUGAUGUGUCGAGCGAAGAAACUCAAAUGUUCCGCCCAGAAACCAGUGUGUGAUCAGUGUGCCAAGCGCAAAGAUCGAUGUGUCUACGAUGCUGUACGCCCUGCUUCGAGGGUUGAACAGCUCGAGAAGAAGCUUGCUGAGAUGGACGCUGAGGAUUUCCGUGAAGCAAUGAGACGAACCGCUUUCAAAAACUACGGUCGAUCAGACUUCGAGAAUUUAGCUGAAUCAUUGGCUUCACUUCCCUCGAACAAUACGAUUGGUCAAGAUAACGGCAUACCCAGCUUGUCAGGGUUCAACCUGAUUGGAUCAUCCCAAUCUCGUUCCAAAGUACCGAAUGGUCCCCUUGAGACGCCCAGCCCAACAUCUGUUGAUCAGAUGCUCAACCCCGACUCUGAGCCUCUUGUCGAUAUUAAUGACAUGCCUCUAUCUGCUUGGCCAUGGCCUCAAUCGGGAACGAGCUCAAGUUUCAACCUCAAUCAUCUCAAUCACCAUGAAAUGUUCCAACCCAGUCAACUACAUCAAGCUUAUUUGCAUGAUGAUACUCUCCCCUGGCCUUUGAUGGGAUCGUCAAACAAUGCAUCUUUCCUCAAUCCAUCAGAUGCACCUCCUAUUAAUGGGUUGUUCCAGAUAUCUGUUCCCUCUCCAUCCAACGGGUCUACACCGUCCUCUCGAGCCCAAUCGCACGACUCGACAGCUUCGCCUACCCCACCUCAAUUCCUCAAGUCCAACACAUCACCGCCAGUCAGUGGGAUCCACAAUCUCAAUAUCAACUUACCCACUGGACAUGACAGCUCGUUAUCUGUUGACUGUCCAUCAACGUUCAGACCACACGGUAUAUUGCCUUCGUACGAUCACAACCAGUCAGGCCUGCUUUUCAACCAUGGUUUGGGUAUCAGCCUUCCAAACGGAUUUGGCUUCAACUUUGGAACUUUUUUACCUGAAAGUCAGGAGAUCACACCAGCUUCUGAAGUCAUUCGCAGUGUGUUGCAAGUCAAGAGAGAUGUUACGGCUGAGAACAAAUCUAUCAGAGCUAAAGAAUUGAGCGAUGGAGCCAGAGAUUACCUACUCGACUUAUUCUUCAGUACAGAUCCACCAAGACCACUAUACGGAUCUGAGUUCUUCACCGAAGACGAGUUCAAAGCGAGAUUGGCAUUACCAGGAAAAGAUAGACCUCACCCUUCUCUGGUGUUUUCCAUGUGCACCAUAGCCGCCUCUGAAUCCUACGUACCGAGUAUUCGAAAAUUUGCAGAGCCCCUGUUCAAGAUCGCCACUUCCAAAUUGGAGAUUGCCAUAAGGAAGGAAGGUAGAUUGAUUGACGCUAUAAGAGCGAGCAAGAAUUUGUCAAAAUGGUUAUUCAUCCAAGGUCGAGUAUUUGAAGGUUAUCAGUACUCCUGCAAAACUAUCUCAUUAUGUAUAGCUUGCGGAUUGCAUCGAAUCUCAUCUUCGAUCUUCACUCCGGCUCCGGCUUCCGAAUCGCAGGAUGUUCAAGCUGGAAAACCUAGAUAUCUACUUGAGCCACCUAAAAGCCAAGGGGGAUUGGCUGAGCGAAUACAUGCCUUCUGGUCAGCUUGGGGUAAUGAUAAAGGCGGUUGCCUCACGCACCAUCGGCCGUCGACCAUAAGAGAUGAAGAGAUAAUAACUCCGUUACCAAGACUGAGGGAAGACUUUUUAUCGGAUGCUUUGUUUAAGGAACCCGAUAUGACAUUGAGAGAUCUAUAUGAUCUUCCUUAUCGAGACAACGCAUCUCCUCCAAAAUCUAUUUUUGGCUAUAUCCUAGCAGCCGAACAUCUGAUUUACCGAGCCAUGAAUCUUCUGUCUCAACCGCCCGAAAAUAUGAUGUCAUCCUACAGAACACUGGGUCUGUUUGGUAGCUCGCAGGUAUGGACACCACGCGAGCACUACCCUACAGCUUACAAGGAGAUAAUGGAGACUUCGUUAUGGCUCGAGGAGAAGAUACCUGAAGAUUGGAAAAUGAACUUCUUGAUUACUGGUAAAUGGGGUGAACCUGAUAUUCCUAUUGUUGCUUUAUGCUUGAAGACCGCUCGAAUGCACUUACAUCCUCUCGAAUCAGAGUUCGAUCGACCCAUCGGGCUUUCCCUCGCAUUCGAUUCAGCUCAAUUGAUCAAGACUUUACAAGUUUACUAUAAGAAUGUAGUUACUUCUCUUGAUCCUACUUCUGAGCCUCAACCCCGCACACCCCAUCACAUGAACAUUGGGCAUUCGACGUUCUCAGGAAUCAAUAAUCGGAUACCUGAUAACAAAGAUAAUUCAAGGAAUAGAGGUGGAAUCAGUGGACCGUAUGGGAUGAGUCCAUGUUACGGAGUUGUUCAAAAGUUGGUAGAAGGGUCGAUAAUCUUGGAGAAAAUAGGUCAAAUUGAAGAAUCGAGAAAAUGUAUGCAGGAAGUAACAAACUUGUUGGAUGGAUUUAGAGGAUUGGCUAUUCAUUGUAAAAUUAUUGCUGCGUAUGUUGACAAAUUGGAAAAGCUCGUGCCGAAAUGA